CAGCAGUCUACCGUCGUCGUCCGCACGUCACAUACACGCGUACCGUCGUAGAGUCGUCGUUUCUGAUCGCUGUUUUUGUACCGUCUGUACUGUUGUUAUUUUAUUUUCCGCUUAGUACUGCAGCUGUGCGCGUGCGAGCGUGUUCGAAGUGCAGUGCGCGUAAACGAAACGACCCGCUCGAAUGCAGCGGACAACCGCCGUUUUUGGUACGUCGUUGGCGCGCGAGUGAUCGUGUUUCCUCCAUUUCCGCGUCUUACGAUUUUCCCGUUUAAAUGUCAAUUUCGUGUUGAGCACACUUCCUAUUAUACGUCACGACAGUCCGUAUAUAAACCUGUCCAUAACGUAUUAUACGAACGACUGUUUCCGCGUCGAUUAAAAUGAUACAAGUGGCCGCGACGCCGAUGAUCGUCAAACCGAAAAUCGGAUUCUCCAUAGAGUCCAUCGUGGGCGCGGGUUCCCGGUCGCCGGCCAGGAGCGAAGGUUCGUCGGUAGCGCACGACGAGAGCGAGGCGUGCAGUUCGGCCGCCGGUUCGCCGCUGAACCCGGGAAGCGUAUCGCCGCCGCCGCAUCAUCACCAUCACCAUCACCAACAACAGCAUCAGCAACAUCAGCACCAGCAGCAGUCCCACCACGUGCACCAACACCAGCAGCAGCAACACGAACAGCAGCAGACUUCUGCGGCAAGCGGUACCGGCGGCACAACCGUGUUCAAGCCGUCCGCGCUGCCAGCGGCCGCCGGUUACGGCUCGUCGUCCGUGGCCGCAGCUGCAGCCGCCGCCGCAGCCGCCGGACACUUGGCCAAAGGGUUACAGUAUGUGCACGAACCUUUGACGCCGCCGCCGGCUCACCCACAUCCUCAUCAUCCGUUCGCGUUCGCCGCAGCCGCAGCCGCUGCCGCAGCAGCUCACCACUUUCAGCCGAAUCCACACCACCCGCAACACCAGCCCACCCGCGACACGUACCCUCUGUACCCGUGGCUGUUGUCCCGGCACGGAAGGAUAUUCCCACACAGGUUUCCCGGCGGUCCAGACAUACCAGGAUUUUUAUUACAACCCUUCAGAAAACCAAAAAGAAUAAGGACCGCUUUUAGCCCCAGUCAACUGCUUAAAUUGGAACACGCUUUUGAGAAAAACCAUUACGUCGUUGGUGCUGAAAGAAAACAGUUGGCCCAAUCACUGAGUUUAACCGAAACACAGGUCAAAGUAUGGUUCCAAAACAGACGCACAAAGCACAAAAGGAUGCAACAGGAAGAAGAAGCCAAGGUGCAGCAACAACAGUCGGGUGGCGGCGGUGGUGGCCCGAAAAAUUCGCAUCACGUCAACAAGUGGAAACAGGAGACCCAGAACAGCGGAUCAGACAGCGAAAUGCACCAUUAUGGCGAGGGUUCGCCGCACUCGGUGCAGCACAGAGACGACAGUACGAUGCACUACGACGGGUACAGUUCCGAAGCGGACAGCGAUGUCUGAACGAUGCGUGAGUCCGAGCAAAUGACAUAGGUACCAACAGCGUGGUGUCAUCGUUGUACCACGCGAUACCUCAGCCGGCGGAGCAUCAUGUGAUCAUUUCGAUUACCUUCUGCAGCGCGGCCCAUUGAUCUUCUUGUAUAUAUAUAAUGUACAUACACAAGUGUAUUAUAAUUUUGUUCAAUUAUUAUUUUCCAUCUUGUACGCACAAAAAUGGAAACUGUCCAUUUUUCUAGUCAUUUUGUGUGCGUCGUUGUUUUUAAAUCCUCCUUUGUAUGUACCAUACAAAUAAAUAAUAUAAUAUAUAUUAAAUGAAACGUUGUAAAUAAUUGAAGGUUUAUAUGAUAUGUAUAAUAUUUGCGUGUAAAUAAAAUAUAUUUG